GUAGCUAUUGCCAUGAACUAGGGUUCGUUUCCUGCAAAGAGACUGGCCCUGCGGCCUCUCUCUAACCCCGCUUCCCAACCGCAAGAGACGCCAUGGCGUUUUACUUGGAGGUGGACCCCGUGACCCUGAACCUGAUCAUCCUGGUCGUGAGCUACGUCAUCCUGCUCCUGGUAUUCCUCGUCUCCUGCGCGCUGUACGACUGCAGGGGCAAGGACCCCAGCACGCAGGCCACGCCCGAGGCCACGCUGGAUGCCCAGCCCUCCAUCCGCUUGGUGGUGAUGCGGCAAAGCGCGCCAGGGGGCCCCUGGGCCAGGGGACCCGACCUUCAUUUUGGAAAUCCCGCUCCCCUAGGGAAGAAAAGCACGGUGGUGUGAGGCUGGCUGCGGGGUCCGGGGGAGAGGGCGCAGGACAUUCUGGGCAAGCCAUUCCCCCAGGGGCUCCGGCCCUCGCGGCGCACAGGCCCUGCUGGGCCACCUGGGUGGGAGCCCCGUCUCAGCGUCUGCUUCCUCGGCGCCCUCAGUGGAGAAAGCAACC